AAGAAUAUAUUAUUUUAAAAGCUUUAAUUUCAAAGCAAAUUUAAGUAUUUCUUUCAUAAUUUCUGUAUUGCAGUUAGUUGUACAUCAACUGUAGUUUACUUAACCUAUUUUUAUUUAUACUCAGAUUCUAACCUGUAAGAAAAAUGACUUUCAUAGACUUUCCCGAAGAAGGCAAACAAAAGGAAGAAGCUAAAUCAAAUAAUACGCAGGAACCUAAGAAAACGUCGAAUCCUCAUAAUGAUAGCCAAUGGGGAUAUGACAUGUAUCCGGACAGAAGACGUCCGGCUAAUAAAGAAAUGACAAUGUCAGGUUUUUUGAAAGGCCAAGGCAAGGAAAAUCUGGAUAAAAUAAAAUGUGAAAGAAACGUAUACAAGUGCAUAAAAAACAGUCCCUUGGUUAAGUUAAUGUUAGGUGCACUGAAAAGUUCAGGUUGUGAGAUAGACAUUCGCAGGCACAUUGCAUGUGAAGAGUGUGCUCCCAACGUUAGUGGAGGAUACGAUCCCAUCCUGAAUCAGGUUGUUAUAUGCCAUAACACAGUUACCAGAGAAGGAAUGGUGCAAGGUGUUCUAACACAUGAGUUUAUACAUAUGUUUGACUAUUGUCGCCACAAAUUAAAUUUCAAAAACAUUGAUCAUCUGGCUUGCACUGAAAUAAGGGCUGCUAAUCUGGCCCACUGCAGUUUUAUAUCCGCCUGUUUGAAUGGAGAUGCUUCACCAUUAAAAAUCAAACAAGCUCAUCAAGAUUGUGUUAAAAGUAAGGCACUUAGUUCCAUAAUGGCAGUAAGGAAUGUUACCAAAUUGGAAGCUAUAGAUGCUAUUGAGAGAGUGUUUUCAAAGUGCUAUGCAGACCUUGAACCUAUUGGAAGGCGAAUUAGAAGAAAUUCAGAAGAUAUGUACAAAGCAUAUGAAGAGGGUUUUUAUUAUGGUUAUGAUGCAAGUUAACACAAAAUCAUAAAAAGUUUAGUCAGUAUAGGUCUAAAAUGUUGUUGUAAAUAAAUGUUAUUAUAUCAGAA